ACAAGCCACUCCUCCUUCAGACAGAAUGAAAGUAACUCCGACAGUCUGAGCGGGAGAAAAUGGCUAACACUCAGGAACUGUUCGACUGCUCCAUAUGUUUACAGUUACUGGAGGAUCCGGUGACGACAGCCUGUGGACACAGUUACUGUAUGAAAUGCCUCAAUGCCUUCUGGGAUAGAAAUAAUAACAGAGGAAGAAGUUACAGCUGCCCUCAGUGCAGGCAGACUUUCCACCCGAGGCCUGAUCUGAAGAGGAACACACUUCUGGCUGAUCUGUUGGAGGAACACAGGAGGGCAACUGGUCAAAGUGGUGCAGCUGGUGACACCUAUGCUGCACCAGGUGAUGUGCAGUGUGACGUUUGCGCGGGGAGAAAAAGAAAAGCUUCCAUGUUCUGUCUCAUGUGCUUGGCCUCUUACUGUGAGACUCAUCUGAAGCCUCACUUUGAGGUGCCACCGUUAAAAAAACACAAACUGAUUCAAGCCUCGGCGAGGAUCAAAGACAGCAUCUGUGGCCGUCAUGACAAACUUCUGGAGGUUUACUGCCGCACUGAUCAGCAGUUCAUAUGCCUGCUGUGUCUGAUGGAUGAGCACAAAGGCCACGACACUGUGACAGUUGCAGUACAACGGGGUGAAAUGCAGAGACAACUGGAGAGGAAUAAACAAGAAAUCGCAGACAGAGUGAUGAAUUCAGAGAGGAAAAUGGCAGAGCUGAGGCAGGCUGCAGACUCUAUAAGAGAUGCCGCAUGGGAGGCGUGUGACGACUUUGAGCGACAGUGUGCGGAACACAUUCGUUUCUACACCCUUUUGGUGGAGAGGAAGUGCUCUGAGAUGAGAGAGAAAGUUGGAGAAGCAGAGAAAGCUGGAGUGGACUGGACCGACAGUCGUCUCGGGCGACUGAUACGUGAGGUGCUUGAGCUGAAGACGAGAGAGGAUAAAAUCAACCAGCUUUCACAAACAGAGGACCUCAUUCAGUUCUUUCAGGGUUUCCAGGCCCUGGGUGACCUCCCUGCAUUCACAGACUCACAUGAAAGACCUGACACACUGACAAAGUUUGUCACUGCACAGAAAGAUAAACUGAAAAAUGUGUGCAACAAAGGAAAGAAAGAAUUAGUCACUCACUCUGAAGAAAAUAUGUUGUCAAAACUGCCAACGCUACAUAAGGAAAUAACAUCAAGGACAGACCUGUUCACCAAACGUAAGAGCUCCAAAAUAGAGGUGGAUCCCAACACAGUAGCAGCAUGUCUUUGCUUGUCUGAUGGAAACAGAGAGAUAUCGUGGGGUGGCAGGGACCAGGCUCACCCUGAUAACCCUGACAGAUUCACCUUCAAUCACCAGGCUCUGUGCCAAAAGGGCCUUGAAGGGAGCCACUACUGGGAGGUGGAGUGGGACGGUGGCGUUGUCGAUUUGGCUGUGUCAUACAAAGGCAUUAAAAGAAAGGGUUUGGGCAAAGAGUGCUGUUUUGGCCACAAUGGUCUCUCCUGGAAAUUAACGUGCUCUUCGUCCGGCUGCAGGUUUUGGCACAAUAAUCUUCACAAAGGCCAAAUUCCUCCAGCUCGCUCCCGCAGAGUGGGUGUACACCUUGAUUUUGAAGCAGGAAGACUGGCCUUCUACAGUGUUUCUGACACUGAAACGUUAACGCUGCUGCACCAAAUCCAGACCACCUUCACUGAACCUCUAUAUCCUGGGUUUUCUGUUGAUUUAGGUUCAACACUGAGAAUAUGCAACAUCUAAUCCAGUCUACAUUAAAGCGGUAGCUGCGAGACUGGCUGCCAUUUAUGAUAGAGGAUAGAAGGAUAGAAAAAAGUAGAAAAAAACAUUAACAUAUGCAAAGUUUGGCGUGCGUGUAUGUGUGUGUGUGUGUGUGUGAGAGAUAUGUAUGCAGAAAUUAGGCAACAUAUAUGGAUGAUUUUGGAGUGAUUGAGAAUCUUGAUUAUGAAUCAAGAAGUGGAAAAUGGAAAAUUCUUUUAUAAUAUUUUUCCUCUUAAAUGUUGCUAAAAAAAGUGCAUCAAAAGAUCUUUCUGAAGAGCAUUUUCAGAGAUGUGAAAUUACAUUUUAUUGUUAUUCACCAAAUUUAAGGCCAAUUAUUCAUUGCAAUGAUAAUAAAUUCUAAAAGGAACAAAACAGAAGAUAAUCUUUAAAACUCAUCCAUUUACAAAUGUUGAGUCGAUUUCAGAAAGCUUGAAACAGUUGAGAAGAGGGUUCAAAAAAAGAUAUUGCUUACUUUUAUUAUGAGCUAGUCCAACAAACUUUAUAUUGUUUCAUUUGAAACUUUGCUGGUUGAAAACUUUAUUUUGUGCUUUAUGCUUUACAAUGGAAUAAUCCUCAUUCAAGCCUCACAACAGCGUGCAACUUUCAAAUUGAACUUUAAGUUUCUUAGUAAAUUGUUGUCUGGUUUAUACUAUGAUGAGAGAUGUUGAGUUUACAUGUAGGCUGUGCCACAUGACUGGUGUUAUGGUGUGGCGUUUUUGUUGUGUCAUUUGUUGUAUGUUGGAGAACUGCAGUGGAAAUAAGUCUUUAAGACUUUUAUGUGUUUUAAUCCUUGAUGAUUGUAACUAGUGUUGUACAUAUUCUGUGUUUUUAAUAAUCAGAAAAUCAACAGAGCCGACUGACUUUCAUUUAAUUGACUAAAAUAAAGGAAGCUUUGCUAAUGA